CUUCCGGCCCGCGUCUCUUCGGGUUUUGAACGACGCGACAUGGUCGCUUUCAAGGUUCUCUGCCAUCGCUUCUCCCGCCUGGCGAAGGUGACGGCAUCCAAGCAGCUGAGAAAAUGUGAUGAAUGGCGUUCGAGAGCGAGGGAAUUGCCAAGUGAAAAGAGCCUCGCCAUGUCAGAUGGAGAGUUGAAUAUGUCUGCAAGGAGCAGUGCAGGCAGCAGCUCCAGCCUCCCUGCGACCCCAGGCGGAGAGACCAGCCCAGCUAACAGUGUGUUAAGCUGGGCUGUCUCUUUUGAAAAGCUCCUGGAAGACCCCUGUGGAGUCAGCUAUUUUACUGCUUUUCUGAGAUCUGAGGUGAGUGUGGAGAACAUUUUAUUCUGGCAGUCAUGUGAAAAGUUCAGGAAGAUCUCAGCCACGUCACUGGAGGAGCUCAAGGCAGAAGCUCGCUCCAUCUAUGAAAUGUACUUGUCUGAGAAGGCUCCCCACUCGGUCAACAUUGAUGACACAGCCAGGACAGACAAAAAAGACUUGGAACAACCCACGCCUGAGAUGUUUAACAAGGCUCAAGCACAGAUCUUUAAGUUGAUGAAGAUGGACAGCUACAGACGCUUUGUGUGCUCAUCCCUCUACCAAAGCUGCACCUUGGCAAGCGUAGAAGGCAAACGUUUUCCUCAGCACUCUGCACAACCUUUCCGCACAAUAUCCUGGGAGGAUGUGGCCUCCAGAAGCCCAAAUUUAAGCGAUAAAAAGGGCAAGUCACACUGCGGCAGUUUUCCAGGUGGCAAGCUCUCCUUGGAUAAACAACAGAAAAGAGGAUCCUGGGGAGAUAUGUUCCAAAGCAAUGUUUCCCCUUCUGUCAGAAAGGCUGUGAAGUCGAGCAGUAAUGUGGAGCUUGACUCCCUCUACAGGACGAUAGAGAAUGGCCAAGCAAGUCCUCGCUCCCCAGAGCAGGCUGGUGUCCUUGGAGGACGCUGUGGGAUGGAAGGUGGCUACUGCUGCGUCUACCUGCCUGAUGGUAGUGCCUCGCUGGCGCCAACGCAUAAUGGCGUGCCCAUCAGAGACAUGCUGUCUGGCCUUUGUGAGAAGAGAGGCUUCUCGUUGAAAGAUGUCAUCAUUUACCUUCAUGGCAAGGACAAACAACCAUUAUCUCUGGAUCAGGACUGCUCUGUGCUGAGAGAUCAGCAGGUCUUGCUUGAGCUUCGGGUGACGUUUGUGCUGGAAAAUGCCUUUACGGGUAAGACUGGGGGUAUAAUGGCAAAGUCCAGUAAGACACUGCAAGAUGCCCUCUCAACUGUCUUACAGAAACAUAGUCUAAAGCCUCACGAGGCCCACGUCACUAUUGUUGGAAGUGAUGAGGCUGUGAACAUGAACACUACUGUGUUCAGACUGGCCAAUAAGAUGCUAAGGCUUGAAAAAGUCAAAGGAAAAGACCAAAGCAACAUUCCCAGAUCUAGUGGAACUGCUGCAGCCACACAGGCAGGACCAGGUGGUCCAGAAGCACGGUUGUUGUCCCCUCAGACCAACAAGGUCAAGACUCCACCAAAGCCCAGUAAGAACCGCGACAUAGAUGGGCUUCUGGACUUGCUGUCGAGGGCUCAAUGCUGCAGAGUCGAUGACCAGCGAGGUCUUCUCACAAGAGAACAGUUGGAGGUUCCUCUGUUCCUACAGCGUCCCCCAGACCAGGGACAGGACCUAGACUCAGAGGAGUCCAACACAGACACAUCAUCUACUGAACACUCCAAGGUUUCUGAGAACAUUAAGCCAUGUUCUAGUUUGGGUGACUCAGAACGCAAAGACUUUAGGGAAACGUCAGUCUGAUAGACUUUGAUAGUGUGUUGGAUAAACAACAUCCCCAACAACCAUUCAGUCUUUUCCAAAAAGAAAACAUUUUUUUACAGCACUUUUUAGUCACUAGCAAAUAAGCUCUAUGGCAGAGUUUGCCAACACCUCUGCUACUAAAGUUUCAGGCACAAAAAAGAAUUGAAAGACAUAAGGAUACGUUUGAAAACACUACACUUCCUUAUGAGGAUUGUUUUCAAUAUGAAUAGUUUUAAUGUAGCCAAAAUGUUAAAAACAACCUAUAUCUUAGCAGUCAAGUCUAAAUGUUUUACUGGCCUUACAGAUAGGCUGUAGUUAACCUAACUUUUGUUCCUUGAAAUUUCAUUUGUCAAUGCUUAAUUAUGCAAUGUAACAAAAAUAUCUGCACAGGACUUCCCCCAUUUUUGAAGAAUAUUGCACAGUUUGAGUUUAUUGAAUGUUUUGUGGUGGUUUUUAGGAAUGUUUUCAUAAUGUGUUUUCUAAUAUGUCCGAUUUCUUCUUUCAGAAUGUAUUUUAUUUGCUGUAAUGGCAUUUUUCAAAAAUGCCUGAUUUCUUCUUUCAGAAUGUAUUUUAUUUUCCUGUAAUGGCGUUUUUCAAAAAUGCUGGAUAAGUCCUGUUUUGCUAUCACUCAAUUUCAGUUGACAUGAUUUGCUACUGUUGGGACUCAGGUUGUUGGUAUGAUAUUCAAAAUAGUUAAAGGGUAAUCAACAAUUAAACAUUUUGUCAAAUGUGA